UUUCAUUCGUGUGACAAUUUCGGCUGCUGCUAUCCGGUUGCUGAAAUUUUACAGUGUCUCCGUUGUGUUUGUUGCUGUUGGGAGUGUUAUUGAGGGCUCUUUCAGUCCCUUUCAAGUUAUCUUUGGAUAUUUUAGCCACGAAUUUCGUUGUCACCUAAUGCACACUCUUGAAGGAGUUGUUUAUCAUGUUGGUGUAGCAUUAACGCUUCUUCAUUACAUAGCAGUAUUCUUUGUUGGUGUAUAAAUUGGCUGUAUUGGGAGCUGAACUACCUCCUGUUCCUUAUCCCUAGACCUCUUCUGCUGAUAAACCUUGACCUCGCCACUCUCCCAUCGAUACGGAUUGGAUUUUUAAGAAUAAGUCGAUUCGUUUUGCUCUGAACGUCAGGACAAAAAUGUCUGAUGACGCCAAUCAAUCACCAGGCCCGUCGCGUAUCAAACGGAAGAAUUCUGAUCCUGACCUGGGACAUGGAGAAAGUAAACAUGUAGCUGAAGACAGAUCUGUUGUCUUACCUGUUUGGGAAGGCCAAGAACACGAAGAUGACAAUGCAACCAAACUUGGUGAUUAUUUAAGUUCUCAAUAUGAAGUCCUGUUAAGAGUGCUAAGCAACCUCUCUGCUUAUGAUUUGAGAAAAGCUGCACAGGUGUCUAAAUCAUGGCAGUCUGCAGCACGAGUUGUUCGAGAUUCUCGGCACCAGUUCCACUGGUUAUUUUGGAGAGCUAACAGUGGCGGCUGGAAUGUACCCCCUCCUUUGGCUAUUUACUCUUCCAUACGUGAGCAUGUCUUUUCACAGCCAACAAUAUGUGUUGCAUUUUUUACUAAAACAGCCAUUAAAUCAUUUGAGUGCUCCUCUUCUGGAAUUUUGUGCCCAAAGACGAAGGAUACCAAACGUUGUGGAAAGAUGCACGCAAGAGAAUCAUACAUGUCGUUAGCAUUGGGUCCAAAGUGUCAAUUGAUGUCAUUCCCCGUGAGUGGGAUUAUUGGAACUUCGUUGGACCUGAAGUCAACAUUUGAAGUUGAAAACAUAAGCAAGAGCAAAGUUCAAUCUAUGAGUGCUGCUUUGUUUCCUGACUGUCCAGGUGCCAAAAUUAUAAGUUUUAGUUUAAAAAAACAAGAACUUCUGAAAUUUUAUCGGCAAGAAGAACCGGAAGAAAAAAGCUUAGCAAAAAAGUUGGGAUUGCCCUGUGAUAUGCUCAUUCAAGCUGUUGUAAUGCUUAGUGGCUACAGAUUCCGUUCUGAUGAACUUUCAUUGUUUGUAGCUCAUUUGCAAGCAAGGCAGGAGCAUAGAUUUGCUGUGGCUGGUGGUUUUGGAGAAAAAGCUGAUUCACUCGAAGGUUUGGUGAUUCUUGGGGAUGAUGUAUGCGCAGCAUCAUUGGUAAUUAAUGAUACAUUCACUGAGAAAGAUGCAGUAAUAGAACAAGUCUCCAAGAUUAAAAACUGCAACUUGCCGUGUGAUAGAGCAUUGUGCUUCAUGUUCACAUGUUUGGGUCGAGGCUAUAUGUGGUAUGAUGGAGAACAAGAUGUUGAAUCAAGUAUCAUAAAAAAGGUGUUCCCUAAGUCCCCAGUGAUCGGCUUUGGUAGAGGAGAAAUAGGGUUGAAUGUUUUGCCAAAUUUUGAAGCUCAAGAUUCCAAAGAAUUUUGGCAAAACUUUAAAGCUAUUUGCAACGAAAACAAGGCCUCCCUUGAAGCUCCUCCAUGUGUGGUCAAGAGGUCAUCAGAAUUUUCCAUUGAUCAUUCCUACAGCACUUGCAUCAUGUACCUGUCAUUCAACACUGCGCAUUCGAGUUUACCUCUAUAAUGGUUUUGAUUGGUGACGCUUGACUAUACUUCUUUUAAUUGUUUAGAAAUGGUUUUUUAUAUGUUAUUUACAAACUUGACAGGGUCUUGGACGAGCGUGAAUUUUAUCUGAUUGUGCUGACGCACCACAGUUAGAGUUUAUACUAUCAGUGACGAGAGAAGGACCCCAAAUUCACUGCAGUUGUUGUUUUUAAUUUUUUUUUUCUUGUUAUUUUAUAUGAUGGACAUUUGAGACAAUCAUGGUUCGUGCAUCUUUUUUACAAAAUUCUUGUUAGAGACACCAUUAUUGUUUGAGUGUACUCUCCCUAAGGUCAUAAUGAAGUUGACAGUAGCCUUGUGUAUAAAUAUGGCUUAAUCAUUGCUUUCAAAUUCUUCAGCCUCAUGGUUACUCAUGUUUUCCGUAUCAAUCUCCACCAUUGACUUCCAAAGUGCUUAUUGUAAAUAGUCCUCUGCAUGAUUUUUUAUGUGAAAUAAAAAUCUACAAACGACAGUUUUGAAAUGGAAA